ACCUGGUCACCUAAGUGUCGUAAAGUGACGCACUUCCGCGGAGUGCCCGGUGUCGCAGUGAGGGCGGAAGCGGCACCGAGACGACCGGAAGAUCAUUGGAGGACAGAAGUCAUGGCGACUGCUGGGAGCAAGUCGGUCCUGUUUGUGUGUUUAGGUAACAUUUGCCGGUCCCCAAUAGCUGAAGCGGUGUUCCAGAAGUUGGUAUCUGAUGAGGGAGUAUCGCAUGAGUGGAAAGUAGACAGCGCAGCCACAUCUACUUAUGAAAUAGGAAACCCGCCUGAUUAUCGGGGCCAGAGCUGUAUGAGGAAGCAUGGUGUUUCCAUGAGUCACACAGCCAGGCAGAUCACAAAGGAAGAUUUCAUGUCCUAUGAUUAUGUUUUAUGCAUGGAUGAAAGUAAUCUAAGAGAUCUGAAACGUAAAUGUGAUCAAGUACAGAACUGCAAAGCUAAAAUUGAACUUCUUGGAAGCUAUGAUCCUCAGAAGCGGCUCAUUAUUGAAGAUCCAUAUUAUGGCAGCGAUGAAGACUUUGAGACCGUCUACCAACAGUGCGUUAGAUGCUGUAAAUCAUUUUUAGAGAAGUGCUCCUAGUACCAGUCAUGAUAGUUGAAGAUGUCUCCAUUCUGUUCUAAUAGUACAUUCAUCUUUUAGACCACUUUAACACUGAGGCGCUUUUCAGGCACUCUUACACUAAAAACGGCGCCUAAAAA